GAAAAUGAAAAUGAAAAUGAAAAUGGAAAAAGAAAAAGAAAAAGAAAAAGAAAAAGAAAUCCUGAAUUCCAGAGCUCCUCUCCAAUUUAUAUGUCCACAGUGGGUCCAGUCUGUUGCUCAAUGCUCGUGAAAAUGAAGGCUGAUAUUGGAUCGCUCUCCUCUUCAACCCUCGACAACACUGCAAAUCUCGGUGUAUUCAACUCUGUUUCUCAAGUCCACAAGCUUUCAUCACUUAAUUCUUCUUCAUUUGCCCUCGUAAGCCUCAACAAUUACAGUAAAACCAAGAAGUUUUCCAAGGCGGUCCACACCGUCGUCUCGGCUGCAAGAAUGGCUACUUCUUUCAAGCCUGACGAAGCUAGGGUUCCUCCUGCUCUUCCUUUGCCCACUCCUCCUGUUACCAAGUUCAAGAUCGCUCUUUGCCAGCUGUCAGUGACUACUGACAAGGAGAGAAACAUUAUUCAUGCUCGAAAAGCAAUCGAGGAGGCUGCAGAGAAGGGUGCUCAGCUUGUUCUUCUUCCGGAAAUAUGGAAUAGCCCAUAUUCAAAUGAUAGUUUUCCAGUAUAUGCAGAGGAUAUUGAUUCUGGUGGUGAUGCAUCCCCUUCAACUGCAAUGCUGUCUGAACUUUCUCGGAGUCUACAGAUCACAAUAGUUGGUGGCUCUAUACCAGAGCGCUCUGGUGAUCGGUUGUAUAAUACCUGUUGCGUCUUUGGAACUGAUGGAAAGCUCUUGGCCAAACACAGGAAGAUACAUCUCUUUGACAUUGAUAUUCCAGGCCAGAUGACCUUUAAGGAAUCAAAAACUCUUACAGCAGGGGAGACACCUACAAUUGUAGACACAGAUGUAGGUCGUAUUGGUAUCGGUAUAUGUUAUGACAUUCGGUUCCUGGAAUUAGCUACAUUAUAUGCGGCAAGAGGAGCUCACUUGCUUUGCUAUCCUGGAGCAUUUAACAUGACUACUGGGCCACUGCAUUGGGAGCUAUUGCAGAGGGCAAGGGCAGCAGAUUGUCAGUUGUAUGUCGCAACUUGUUCUCCUGCCCGAGAUGCUGGUGCUGGUUAUGUGGCUUGGGGGCACUCCACCCUUGUUGGACCGUAUGGAGAGGUAAUUGCGACAACAGAGCAUGAUGAGGUGAUAGUCAUUGCAGAGAUCGAUUAUUCGCUAAUUGAUCUCAGAAGGACAUACCUUCCAUUCCAGAAGCAGAGGCGAGGGGAUUUGUACCAGUUGGUAGAUGUUCAAAGGUUGAACCCCAGAUCGACCAAAUAAGGAAUUUGAGAAACUCUGAAGGGAUGUGAAAAUGUGAGAGUUAAAUGGUGAUGAGGACAGCAAACAUGAGAACAUCUCACGGGGUGUUAUCGGCAUGAUGAUCUAGUCAACGAAAGAGAACAUUCUCCACUUGGUGAAUGAGACUGGAUCAACCAUUUAUUUGGCGUUAACUUUAUUAAAAAAAAAAAAAAAAAAAAAAAAAAAGAA